UUAAAAAUGAAUAAGAGAGAAUAUAUGUUUUCAGUUUUAGAUUUUGUUUUAGUACUGUUCUUGAUCGGUACCGUUGAUGCGGGGGUUCCUGCUGGAGGUCGACCGUUCGAUGACAACUAUGUUGUUACGUGGGGAAAUGUCUUGAAACUCGACCAAGGGAGAGAAGUCCAGCUCUCCAUGGACAAAACUUCAGGUGCUGGUUUUCAGUCUAAACACAAGUUCGGAUCAGGAUUCUUUCAAAUGAGAAUCAAGUUGCCUCCAAAAGAUACUGCUGGAGUUGUGACAGCUUUUUAUUUGACUUCGAAGGGAGAUACCCAGGACGAGCUAGACUUCGAGUUCCUUGGGGAUAGAGAAGGAAAACCGAUACAAAUUCAAACAAAUGUUUUUAUCAAUGGUCAAGGAAAUAGAGAACAAAAGUUUGUUCUUUGGUUCGAUCCAUCCACAGAUUUUCACACUUAUGGGAUUCUCUGGAAUCCGUAUCAAAUUGCGUUUUACGUGGACAAUGUUCCAAUACGAAUAUUCAAAAAUAACAAAAGAUAUGGCGUAGGCUAUCCAUCAAAGCCGAUGACAUUGGUGGUUAGUCUGUGGAACGGCGAGGGAUGGGCAACAGACGGUGGUAAGGCCAAAAUUAAUUGGUCAUAUGCUCCUUUUAAAGCCAAUUUUGAAAGGUUUUCUGAUUCUGGUUGUCACGCGGAUGGUCUGAACAUCAACGCGAAAGUAUGUGGUUCAACAACCUACUGGUGGAAUACGAUCCAAUAUAGUAGGUUAAGUGCAAAUGAAACUACGGCAUUCAAGAAUGUGAGAGCGAAGUAUAUGACGUACGAUUAUUGUUCUGAUCAUCCUAGGUAUCCUGUUCCUCCUACGGAAUGUCGAUUGAAUCAAUGA